UGAGUGAUUUACUACAACGAAGCACCGCGAGACUGUAUCGCUUAGCAACAGAUCUGCCUAGUCGUAAGGAAAGACGUGGAAGUGUCGUAAAUAACACGAUCUAAGUAACCGAGCGAAGAGAGACACUACUAGAAACGCCUGGUGUCCAUCCUAUCGGAAAGAAGCAGGCGGAUAGCCAACAAACUAGGGGUUGGUCGAAGUGAGAUUACACCGGGAAACAAAGCAUAAGACAAACAUUAAACAGGCACGCCGGAGACAAAGGAGAGCCUGCCAGCGCACGAUAAAAAGAUACCCCGGGAAAUGAGCAUCUGUAGCGGCCGGGUCUGUCAGGAAACACCGCGGACUGGGCGCUGCAGUAUCGACGCGGUCCCUGAGAAAUACAUCCUGUAACCGGCGAAUACACAACGCUAAAAGUGAACAAAUGCACUUUCAAAGAUGUGUCUAAGGAAGGAAAACAACACACUGAACAAUUGCACAAAACCGGCGUUUUGAAGAGGUUGUUGGCUUCGGAAACCCAGCCAUAGCUCAGUGCAAGACAAAAGCAUAGCGUUUUAGAAACCUCGAAUUUGUAAAUAUGAACAGCAAUGAGUAGUCUUCUAAGUCGUUUUGAAGUCACUAGUCUUAACGUGUGUCAGGUCUGUACUGCUGGUCAGUUAUGCUUAGUACACAUGCAAAAGGCAGCUUCUAAUGAAAAUGGAAACGUUUAUCAUAAUUGAAUAAUAACGACAGAAACAAAACACCUGUGCUUUUAGUAUUUUUAUAGCUGUUUGUUGAAAGCAGAGGGGUGUACGUUGUGUCUGUUUUCCAGGGCUUUGCAAUGGUUUGCGUAUAGGUGUUAAUCUGUGUUUUUAUUUAACACUGAGAUGUGAAAAUUCUAGCCUCUCUCUUCCCAGGCGUGUAUUAUUAGAUCAGGGACGGAUUUUGUUUUUUUCUAGCUAUACAACGUACAGAUUUUAAACCACGCACAUGCCUUCAGCUGCAAUAAACUCACCCCCAUGCCAACUGAUUUAGGUUUUUUUUUUUCUUUUCUCCCUCCCACUGUAUCUCUGGGAGCAUCCCUAUAAAACAUAAAUCGCUUUAAUACUAUCACUGUCAUUCCCACGCUGCUUCAAUCUUAAUCUUAACUUGUUUACUGUAAAGACAAUGAAAGAUUGUGAAUACCAGCAGAUCGAUCCGCAGGCUCUUCCAACACCCGCUCCGCUCGCCGCACCCGAACACGAACCCGGGUCCGAGAAGAAAACCCGGCGGCCUCGGAGGAAAUGGGAAGUCUUCCCGGGAAGAAACCGUUUUUACUGCGAUGGAAGAAUCAUCGUAGCUCGACAGAAUGGCGUGCUGCCGCUGACUCUGGGCCUUAUUCUCAGCACCAGUGGCCUCUUCUUCACUUUCGACUGUCCGUUUCUGGUGGAGCACUUGACGAGGACAAUCCCUGUGAUUGGCGCGGUCCUCUUCUUCUUUGUAGUGAUCUCCUUGCUGCAGACCAGCUUCAGUGAUCCUGGGAUACUGCCCAGAGCCACACCGGACGAGGCGGCAGAUGUGGAGAAACACAUUGAUAGCUCAGGUUCUUCUACUUACCGUCCUCCUCCGAGAACGAAGGAAGUCAUGAUCAACGACCAAGUUGUGAAGUUAAAAUACUGCUUCACCUGUAAAAUGUUCAGACCACCUAGAACCUCGCACUGCAGCCUCUGUGACAACUGUGUAGAACGCUUUGACCAUCACUGUCCAUGGGUUGGGAACUGUGUUGGAAGACGAAACUACAGAUUUUUUUAUACCUUCAUUCUGUCGCUGUCGUUUCUGACUGCAUUCAUCUUUGGCUGUGUGAUAACGCACCUCACGCUACGUUCGCAGAGUAACGGGGUUAUUCAAGCGCUUCAGGACAGUCCAGCGAGUGUUGUGGAGCUGGUGGUGUGUUAUUUCUCAGUAUGGUCUAUCCUUGGCCUCUCAGGGUUCCACACUUAUCUUGUUGCCUCUAACAUGACCACAAAUGAAGAUAUUAAAGGCUCCUGGUCCAGUAAACGAGGCGUGGAGGAAUCGGGUAACCCCUACAGCUACAGCAGUGUCUUCACAAACUGCUGUGCAGUGCUCUGUGGACCCAUGCCACCAAGUUUAAUCGACAGAAGAGGUUUUGUCGAGGUGGACUGUGUCUCUCCUCCUCAUCCUCAUCCUGCCUCCAUCGUGGGAAAAAAUGACACCAGCAUGUGUGCGCAGGGCACUAAACACCUUCUCGAGACCGCUACGCGCUCGCUGUUCAUGACGGGCCAGUGCACGCCGAGGGACCUCAAGCCGGUGCCUGAACCCGCGACUAGCCAUACCGCCUGUGCCUCAGGAGACCCUCACUCAGCACCUCCCAGUCCCCCGGGCAGAGCUCAGCCUCCCCCUGGACCAGAAACGAGGAAAAACAACGGAGCAAAGAAACAGAAAACACACACCGUAAAACCUAAUGACCGACUCGCCAGACCUAACUCCAUGCAGAUCCCUUUACGUUGAAAAGUUGUUUUUUUUCAAGCAGUGACCUUUUUUUUGCAACGAGACAAUUUACGUAGUCCCAUUUCAGAAAGCACUUUCUUCCACUGGACGGUGAGGCACAGCUGGAGGACCAACCAGGGGAUCAGAACUUCUUCUGUAGGCUUCUUCUGUAGGCAGGGCUCGGGUGUUAAACAGACCUGGCCUUUGGGAAUCCUCUGUCUGCCCAAUGCCACCGAACAGAACUUUCCUUUCUGAGCCCAGCAGGUUUAUACUGUCCCUUGGAGAAUGCAAUGCUAACUUUGCAAAAGGGUGCUGAGCAGGACUGUGCUGGAUCACUGAUUACUGGGGAAUCACAGCUGUAGUGUUCUGCUCCCACCUCCCUCUCAAGGGUCUGCUGUAGAAAUGGAACCUAUCGCAUGGAUGCACUAUGCACGCCAUAGCAAGCACGCAUAGCCGCACUGUAAUUGGAUAAGGCCAUAAGGUCAUUAAGGCUUAGAAAUCCUAGUGUUUUAGCAAUAUUGAGCCCUAGUCACACUAUAAGGACUGUUUCAAGCUUUGUUUUUUUAAAUAGUGUUUAUUAACAACUAAACUAACAACCUCUAUCUAAAACAGGUGAGCUGCCAACUUGAUUUAACUAAUGCAGCUCAUUUAAAAAAAGAAACAUUUCUUAAAGUUACUUUUAUUGUCUCUCUCGCUCUCAAUUCCAGCAGAGGUAGUUGGUCUAUCAGGGCUCAAAGGGAGUGGAGCUGGUAGUUGCAGAAACAGUUCUAAAAACAUGAAGCUACUUUUUAAGUGAGCCCAUUUUCACAGAUAUGAUCCACUCAAAUCUGACACUCAUGCUUCCUUCAAUAACAGCACAUGGGAAACCUCUCCAGAUAGAGCAGCCAUUACUCCUCAGAUAUUGUGUGCUAACAGGAUUUCUUUGUUUAAUAUCAGAUAAAUUGUCUAUUAUGGAACAUGCUUUGUUAGCGGCCCAUAAGGACCUGUGUUAACUGUAAACUGAUUUGUAAACGCAGAGAACUCUAGUGCAGCGAGGUUGCCAUGGAGAUGUGACCUCUGAGGUAAAGCACAUGAGUCGCGUGGCUGUGUGUGCGCAUACAGGGUCAAAGCCAUCUUAGACCUAGGCCAGUGUAAACUGAUGAGAAUGCUUAGAGCCAGCCCACUCUAAGCCAGCUUAGGUCAGACUUGUAGUGUGAAAGCAGCAACAGUGUUUGGGGAGGGGUGCACAGAAAAAAGAGACAGGUGAUCAAGCCUAGAAUGUACAAGUUAUUUCUUCUUGAGUUGAGUGUUUUAAAUUGAAUUGUUAACAGGUUUCUCUUGUCUCCUGAUUUCAUGUCAGUGUAUGGUUUAAUAUUUCCAAAAGGCACUGUCAUAUAAAUCACAUUUUUAAAAAGUAUGUUGAUGUGAUACAGCUAUCUGAAAUGCCUUUGUAUCAGACGGAAAGGACAUCACAUUAACAUUGACUUCAUAGUUGCAAAUCAUUCAGUAUGAGAUGACUAUGAUAAUGCUUCUUGUUUUUUCUUCACAAAAUCUCCCAUUUCCCAUUUGAAAUAUUGUAAUGGGUGCUGGAAAAUGCUAACUGAUUUUUAACCCCACGAGCGGUCAGACCGCCCAGAAAAAACAUUGAAUCAAAUUGAAACAAUUAGGCUUUAAUCCUGUUUUACUGAAAACCCUGUGAACAUGUUAAUUAUUCUCAGAAACAGUAUUUCAGUAAUAUCUUGUGGGUGUGAAAACUAUAAAUCAGGGAUAUCUUUAAUUACUGUACAAUAUCAUUAAAAUUGAGACUUCUGGUGUUCUUAACUUUGUAAGACUGAAUUAACCUGAUCUCACCUGCAGAGGGCAGCAUUAUUCAGCAACGUGCAUUGAAACUGAGGCCCUUUUUUUAUAUCUGGGGGUACUUUUUGAAAAUAUAGGUCUGUGAUCCUUUUGAACUGCCUUCCCGAGUCCUGGUCAUGUAAACUGUAUUUCAAAAUAAAAACCUGUCAAA